AUGCAUUACAGCUUAUUAAUUUAUAUUCAUUUCAUUCUAUUUUGGAUUCAUUCAUCAAUUCAAGAUGAUAAUUUAGAACAGAGAAAAUCUAAUGUAGAAACGGCAAUAAAUUAUUGUAAACAUCAAAUCAAUAUGCGAUUGUCAAGUGAAAAUCAAACAAUUGAUCAAUAUGUCGUGUGUAGAAGUAAACUAUAUCAAUCUGUUGAACAAAGGAUUCUCAUGGGAGAGUUUAUCAGAGAAAUAGAAAUACAAGAAAAAAUACAUGAAACAACUGUCAGAAAUUCUCAUAUAAUGAAGAAGUGUUUCAGUGAAGAACAGUCGGUUUAUGAAAAUAGCGACCCAAUACAUUUCAAAUUCUAUCAACUUGAUGGUCUAAUAAGAGAACGACAUGAAAGAGUGCGUAUAUGCAAUAUAUAUUUACUUUCACACAAUGUAUUGCAAAAUAUUCAUCAACAAAUUGAUAAUCAGUUAAAAAGACCACGUUUAGAACAGAGAAAAUCUAAUGUAGAAACGGCAGUAAAUUAUUGUAAGCAAGACUUGAAUAGACUAAUUAAAAAGUUCAGAAGUAAUGAAAAGAAUCUACAAGAUUUGAGAAAUCAAAUCAAUAUGCGAUUGUCAAGUGAAAAUCAAACAAUUGAUCAAUAUGUCGUGUGUAGAAGUAAACUAUAUCAAUCUGUUGAACAAAGGAUUCUCAUGGGAGAGUUUAUCAGAGAAAUAGAAAUACAAGAAAAAAUACAUGAAACAACUGUCAGAAAUUCUCAUAUAAUGAAGAAGUGUUUCAGUGAAGAACAGUCGGUUUAUGAAAAUAGCGACCCAAUACAUUUCAAAUUCUAUCAACUUGAUGGUCUAAUAAGAGAACGACAUGAAAGAGUGCGUAUAUGCAAUAUAUAUUUACUUUCACAUAAUAUUUUACAAAAUAUUCAUCAACAAAUUGAUAAUCAGUUGAAGCAACUGAAUACUUGA